AUCAACGUGCCAUCAUUGCUUGAAAACAAUCAUCGCUCUGACCUCGAGGUUUUUGUCGUGAAUCGUGUCAUCACUCCGCGACAGAAUAAAAAAGGAUCGUGGGCUUCAAAGUCUCGGCAUGUUCACUACGACCCAGACAUGUCUCAUGAAGACUGUAGUGACGACGAUGAAGACCGACCUGACGGGUUCCAAGAGGGCACAAAGGCUUCAAGGUCGCUGUUCACGUUGGGAGACUUUUUGGUAGGCUCUUCGCCUCCAAAGAGCCCUACUCCAGAACUUGAAGAGGAGUCUGACAGUUGGGUCUUUGUAGAUGAGGAGCCAGAAUGUUCAACUGAGGGCGCUCAUCCGAAGCCUGCUGAUCUUGUCGACAUCUCUGCAGCUACCAGUGCCAAUUCAAUAUUUGAAGUCGUUGAUAUUGAAACGCAAAAUCUGCAAAACUUCGACUUCCGUGAAGCGAUUUCUUUGCUUGAACAUGAACGGGUUGCCAUUAGAUGGAUCGACUCGGAACGGGUGAUGGUUGACGCCACCUAUCAGGCGCGGCUGAGUGGUGACGAACCUAUUAGAAAACCGCUGCUUAUUCUCUUCUUCGAACUUCACCAAGAUUCUCAUGUGCUCAGGUAG